AUGAACUUGCGAUCACCAACUACGAUCAAAGAGGUGCAUAAGCUAACUGGAAAGAUCGCAUCAUUGAGCAGGUUUAUUUCUCGAUCGGCAGAUAGAAGCCUACCUUUCUUCAAGGUUUUCAGGAAAUCGAAAAACUUCGCAUGGAUUGAGGAAUGCGAGAAAGCGCUACAAGAGUUAAAGGAGUAUCUGACAAAACCCCACCUACUAGCAAAUCCAAAGGAAGAAGAAACCCUGUUAUUGUACUUCGGCAUAUCGGAGAAUGCAGUCAGUUCGGUUUUGGUGCGGGAAGAAGCCGGUAAUCAGAAUCUAAUAUAUUAUGUUAGCAAGAUGCUCCAAGGCGUUGAAUCGAAGUAUUCAGAGAUAGAAAAGUUAGCGCUCGCCUUAGUAGUAACGGCUCGAAAGUUGCGACCUUACUUUCAAUCGCACAAAGUGGUGGUAUUGAUAAAUCACCCCCUAAAACACGUGAUGUCGCGACUCGAGGCCUCAGGCCGAUUGAUCAAAUGGGUUGUCGAAUUGGGACAGUAUGACGUUGACUAUCAGCCCAGGACUGCACAGAAAGCACAAGUGCUGGCAGACUUUGUGACGGAGCUAUCUAGCGACCUGAAAUCACCUCUAGCUGCUGAAGAGCAGGGCUCGAAAUGGAUGUUGCAUGUGGAUGGUUCCUCAAUGCCAACAAUGGAGGAGCGGGUGCCUAGAACAGAAAACGACAAAGCGGAUGCCUUAUCCAAAUUUGGGGCCGCAAUGGAUGGGAUUAGAGAUCGUAGAAUAACAGCGUUGGUGCGUGAGCGAUCAGCCCUAGCAAGCAGAAUGGAGGUGCAAGUAGUCUCCGAAGCCGAGUCGUGGAAGGAUGAAAUCAUUAAAUACUUGGAGAACAACAUCUUGCCUACCGAUCCCGUUGCGGCGAAAAGAGUGAAAUUCCGAGCUACACGAUUCACUAUGUUGUCGGGGCAACUGUACAAGCGAACACUGGAUGGGCCUCUCCUGAAAUGCUUAGACGAGGAGAGAGCCUUGUACGUGAUGCGCGAAAUCCACGAAGAGAGCUGUGGGAACCAUUCAGGUGCGAGAUCGCUGGCUCAGAAGAUCAUACGACAGGUGUAUUUCUUGCCCACAUUGGUCAAAGAUUCCAAUGACCUGGUGAAGAAGUGCGAAAGCUAUCAGAAAUAUGCAUCCCUGAUACACCAACCAGCGAUCUCAAUGGAGCCGAUCAAAAUAGCUUGUCCGUUCGACCAGUGGGGAAUAGACAUCGUGGGACCUUUCCCCCCUGCACAAGCUCAAAAGAAAUUCAUCAUUGUAGCGGUCGAAUACUUUUCCAAGUGGGUCGAAGCGGAGGCCGUGGCCAAGAUAUCCGAGAGAGAAGUCAUUAACUUCAUUUGGAAGAACAUCAUCUGCAGGUUCGGAAAACCCAGAAUUUUAAUUUCUGAUAAUCGCACCCAAUUUCAGGGAAGAAAGAUUACAGAAUAG